UCUCCGGUGGUCCUCCUCGGCUUUCGGAGUCAGCAUCAUUCCCUUGUCAGACCUACAGCACAGGACUAGGCUCGCCCCCGCUGAGGACCAUGUUCCUGCACAAACCGCUCGUGUGGAUCCUGUCUGUUCUGUGUGGGACUGAGGUGUGUUUGGGAUUCAUCUACGAUCGGCCCAGACGCUCCGGAGAGGACGGGACCUCUGCCAGGACAGAGUCUCGCUCUGCGUCGCAUUACGUGGCGUCCUCCGGUUCCUGCAGGAACAGGUGUUUUGAGCUGGCGGAGGUGGAGCCGCCAAACUGUCGCUGUGACAACCUGUGUAAAACCUACCACGGCUGCUGCUCCGACUUCGACCAGCUGUGCCUCAGGACAGAUGGAGGUUAUGAGUGCAGUAAAGAUCGCUGCGGGGAAACUCGCAACGAACAACACGCCUGUCACUGCUCCGACGACUGUUUGGCCAGAGGAGACUGUUGCACCAACUACAAGACGUUGUGUAAAGGAGAUACUUCAUGGUUGCAGGACGAGUGUGAGGAGAUCAAAGCUCCUGAGUGUCCAGCUGGGUUUGUGCGUCCACCGCUCAUCAUGUUGUCAGUGGAUGGAUUUCGAGCGUCGUACGUGAAGAGAGGAAACAGUGUCAUACCCAACAUCGAGAAACUCAGAACAUGUGGAACCCACGCUCCGUACAUGAGACCUGUUUACCCGUCCAAAACCUUCCCCAACCUCUACUCACUGGCUACGGGCCUGUAUCCAGAGUCACAUGGGAUUGUGGGUAAUUCCAUGUACGACCCUGUGUUUGAGGCCACCUUCACCCUGAGAAGCCGAGAAAAACUCAACCAUCGCUGGUGGGGAGGACAGCCGAUCUGGAUCACAGCGGUCAAACAGGGAGUGAAGGCGGCCUCCUUCUUCUGGCCUGUUUCCAUCCCAUUGGAGAGGAGGAUUCUCACCAUGCUGCAGUGGCUCCACCUCCCUGAUGGAGAAAGGCCUUACGUUUAUGCCAUGCACUCUGAACAACCAGACACAUACGGACACAAAAUGGGGCCCAUGAGCGCUGAGCUGAACCACCCUCUGAGAGUCAUCGACAGGAUCGUCGGUCAGCUCAUGAACGGACUCAAACAGAUGAAACUGCACCGUUGUGUGAACAUCAUCAUGGUGGGGGACCACGGUAUGGAGGAGGCCCACUGCGACCGCACCGAGUUCCUCAGUAACUACAUGUCCAACAUCGACGACAUCAUUCUCAUCCCGGGGUCUUUAGGUCGGAUACGCUCCAGAUACCCCAACAACCUCAAAUAUGACCCGAAGGCUGUUGUUGCAAAUCUAACAUGUAAAAAAGCUGAUCAGCAUUUUAAGCCGUACUUGAAGCAGCAUCUGCCGAAGAGACUGCACUACGCCAACAACCGACGCAUCGAAGACAUUCAUCUGCUGGUGGAGAGGAAGUGGCAUGUGGCCAGGAGAGUCCCUGAAGGGAAGAGACAUUGUGGCUUUUCUGGUGACCAUGGAUACGACAAUAAGAUCAACAGCAUGCAGACCAUUUUCUUAGGGUACGGACCUACAUUUAAGUUCAGGACUAAAGUUCCAGCCUUUGAAAACAUCGAACUCUACAACGUCAUGUGUGAUCUGCUGGGUCUGAAACCGGCCCCCAACAACGGGACCCACGGCAGUCUGAACCACCUGCUGAGGAACCCCCCCUUCAGACCCCCCGUGCCGGAGGAGGUCUCCAGACCCACAGCCUCCGGCCUCGUUCCCGGGGGGAUGGACGACCUGGGCUGCAGCUGCGAUGACAAGUUGCGUGUAAAAAGUAGGGGCCAGAGAGGUUUGAAAGUGACCCUUGUACGAGGCUAUAACCUGGAGUCACUGUGGCUCUGUCUCUUACAGAACAAAGUGGAGGAGCUAAACCAGCGACUGAGGCAAGCUAUUGAUGACAGCAGGAACCUGCCUUUCGGUCGACCUGCUGUUCUGUUUCGUACCAAAUACUCCAUCCUCCACCACAGUGACUACAUCAGCGGCUACAGCGAGGCGCUCUCUAUGCCCCUGUGGACAUCCUAUACAGUCAGCAGACAGGCAGAAGUGUCUCCGCUGCCUGAGUCUCUGUCCAACUGUGUCCGACCCGAUACCAGAGUCCCUCCGGCCUACAGCCAGUCCUGUACCAACUACAGAGCAGACAAACACAUCACAUAUGCCUUCUUAUACCCGCCUCAAUUAUCUUCAAACACAGAGAAAAAGUAUGAUGCAGUCCUCAUCACCAACACUGUGCCCAUGUAUCCUGCAUUUAAGAGGAUAUGGAAUUACUUCCAGAGAGCGCUUGUGAAGAAGUAUGCCACUGAGCGAAAUGGGGUGAACGUUCUCAUCGGUCCCAUAUUUGACUACGACUACGACGGCGUCAGAGACUCACCUGAGAAGAUACGAGAAUACAUGAGUGGAACCAUACCCGUCCCCACUCAUUUCUUCGUGGUUCUGACCAGUUGUUUAGACUUCACUCAGGCUGCAGAUUCAUGUAGCGGGCCGUUGAGCAGCGCCGCCUUCAUCCUACCGCACCGGCCGACCAACGACGAGACCUGCAACAGCUCAGAGGAAGAGUCUCGCUGGGUGGAGGACUUGAUGAAGAUCCACACAGCCCGGGUCCGAGACGUGGAAAUCCUCACGGGUCUGGACCUGUACCGCAGAACCACCAGAUCCUACCCUGAAAUCCUGUCGCUGAAGACGUACAUGCACACGUACGAGAGCGAGAUCUGAACCCCGCCGGCUCUGCUCGGACCUUCUCCAACCGUGGUGGAUUUAUGUGGUACAAAAGCAGAGGCGUGUGGACCUCUGCGACACUGACUCUGGAUCAGCCUUCGCUCUCACUGGAAGCUCCAGAUGAAAACCUGCAGCUGAACGUUCACUUCAUCCAUCUGUUAAAGAUACAAACACCACUGAGCUACAGCUGCGGCCGGCGCCUUCCACUUCACACUGUUCCGUUCAGCAGCACAAAAGCUUCUUCUUUUUCUUCUUCUUCUUCUUCUUCUCCGUUACUGAUUUGCACUCGGAUUCAGUGGGAUUGAAAUGGGAAGGACCUGACAGCGAAAGGAAAACAGCACAUAUAAAUACUAAUAACUCACAUUCUUUACACAUAGGGUGCUCUUUUUUUUUUUCGUUUUUUUGUAGCAUGCAGUUAUUAUAAGCAAAAAUCUGGUUAUUUGAGCACAGUUUGAGGUUAUAUUAAAAGCCUGUAUCCGUAAACGUAUGUCAUUAAGUGUAAAUAGAAGCGAAACAGUUGAGGUACAAGAUGUCUACAGUGAUUCAUCUCAAAAAAAUGCAAAAAAUGUUAAAUGUUUACAUGUCUUAGAAACUAAAAUCCUCUGAGCCUCUAAUGUAUCAUCCAGGUCGGUCCAAAAAAA